AUGGUCAUUAUCUAUUCCAACCGGGUCUGGCUACAAGCACCGUGGAUCCCUAUAAUAUCCACAUUGGGAACCGCGGCGUCCUACUUCCUCGCGUUUGUAGUUGGUUCCUUUCUGCAUUUCCGCCACCAUUCCGAGGAGGCCUUUCCCGGCCUCUCCAGCGUCAUUGGUGGCAAGUAUCCUGAGCGCAGCAUUUUUCAGAUCGGUAUGGCAAUCUUUCUUGGCCCCCGAAUUAUUUCCACGCUCCUGUGGUCACAACUAGGAGCUACAUCUGAAAACACCAUUCUGUCUAACAUUGGUCUGUUUGGCAGCCUGAAGAUAAUUUCUUCGAUUUUCUUCACUUACGUGUCUAUCGCUGAUGACCCCGCUGUGCACCACUACGCCCUGGUGUUCUACGUGGCAUCUACUGUGGCAUGCAUGUACGCCCAAACGGUGUACUCUGUGUGGAAGAAAAGCCCUGCCACCAAACCCCGAGCCAUCACCUUUGGCCUGUACAUGCUGUUGCUGAUUGUGGUCACCAACUACUCUAUCAAGCACAUGCUGUAUGAGGAGUCUGGAGCGUCCACCAAGCUCUCAUUGGUCGAAUGGAUGCUUGUGGGUCUCGAUGUUUCGUUCGACUACUAUUCCACAGUCGACUUUGAGGGCAUCAGACUGGAAGUUGCCAACCAGAAACGCAUGGUUCAUUUCAUGGUGUAG